GGAUUGGCCAGGAUGGGUCAUGAUCUUCAGUUACGCCUUUGCUCCACGCCGCUUCUCCUCCAAACAUCCGCCCUUCGAGGUCUGCCUUGAUCGCGAAUGGUCCUGCGAGAAAGAGGACCAGUCGCAGCCUUGCCCUCAGACUCUUCAUGGCGUCACAUGUCGGGCGUCCGCCGCUCCAACCUGCACAACACCCCCUGCAAGAAACAGGCAAGACACUGGGGUAGCGGGAGCGUGCUGGACCAAGACCAUGGGUCGGCCAUGCUCCCACACAGCCACGUCUUCAAAUCAACACCUAGCCUACUUCGUCCGGACGUAAACAUCACUUGCAUCCGCCUUCGCCCCCUAAUUCAGCUUGCCUUGUCCAGGCCUUCUCUGCGCCAGUUCGCAGACCCUGGUCUUUCUCUGUCACUUGGUCGGUCCACCCGCCCUCGUUAUCAUAUCGCAGGAUGCAGGGCCAUCGAGAUCAUUAGUACAUUGUACAAUCCUCAUUGCGUUACUGUGGCAUCCCAGCCAGUCGGGAGCUCGAUCUCUGCAAGGUUCUUAACUCAAUUGGAAUACGCGUUUUUCUUUCACGGUAGUGACUGACUAAAGCUUCAAAGCGUCGGUACCGGAGACACCCUAGCCCCCUUCAUCACAUUUAAUAAUACCCGAGUUCAGUUGGGUCG